GGUCAGGCGUCCAUUCUUAUCAGAGGAUUAGGAGCUGCUGCUGAAUGUCGCUCAAGUCAGGGCCAUAUUCUCAAAGACUUAGACCUAGGGGCCUUAUUCGAAGUGACGUCCCCCUGCUCAUCGCGGAUCGCUUGCGGGCGGUCGUCGACAGCAGCUUUCGACUGGAGCAACCGUCUCACACACCCUAACGUAUCCCAUACCCCCAGAGUCAACGAUCGCUUAUCGGCUUCGGAAAGUGCUUGCGGAGCGGCGUUUCUGGGAAAACCAGUUCAUCUUGUUCCAUCUUGACCGUGGUUUGGCUCUGACUUUAUCAUGUCGACGACCGCCGGACGGUACCCGACCCCUGCAAUGGCCUCGAGAGCCAUGAGGCUCAAAGACCUCAUAGCUCGUGCCGAGUCCACUCCGUCUUCCCCCGGAGCAAGUCACAGUAUCCUCCGCGCUGCGAAUGGUGUAUUGGAGGACGUAGACUCUUCGACGCAGACGGUCACUGGGCUGGCGAGGAACGCACCGAAGGCUGUCGAUGAUCGGUUGGUCCGUGCGCUCAAAUCGUCGUUUAGAGAUGCGGUCGGGAAAGCGGAUGCUGCUGUUAGGAGGGAGUGGGUGAAACUGGCGGACGCUUUGGUGGAUGAGGUGCGCUUCGUGUUCGAGGCUGAGGGUGCUGAGGAUCCAACCGUCAACAGCGACGAACGUGCGGAGCAGUGUCGGCAGAACCUCCACGAGCUAGCCGGAAGCAUCGACCUGGUGGGGGAAUUCGAUGCGGUCGUCUUGAACUUUAUCGACUCUCGGUUCCGCACCGGCGCGCGCGAUCUGUAUUCCGCUAUGCUCGAUUCAGCAAACACGGCCGUCGAACAGUCUCUGGCAACGAGAGUGCAGAGGGUCUCUCAGAAGCUAGAGGCGAUUGCUGAACCUGCUCAGCCUCCCGCUGUCGAAUCGAGACCACAACAGGCCGCAGCGGCACAGCCAAGACCGCCAUCUGUAGCGUCCGAAGCUUUCGUCCCCGCCGCCGUGCCGCGUCCGGUAGCCGACUCGGGGCCUCGUCCGGCGUCCGAAGUAGUACAUCCUUCUCAACCUCCACAGGUCCCUCUUUCUACCAAACCCCGACCAAAGAGCAUGGCUGUGAACCACGGAGCUGUGACUACCGGUCCUUCCCCACCCUCUCGCCCACCAGCGAUUGAACGGUCUCCAGUUGCAAAGUCGCGAACUUCUGUGUCUGAUGAGGCAACGGAUGGCUCGGAUUCUAUUGAGGAGGAACCUGUCGCGCGUCAGGGAGCUGCGGACGCACCUCAGUCCGGCAAACCGGGUGGACUUGCAGCCAAUUUGAACAGGAUGCUCUCAGGACCUCCACCGAAAUUCGCGCGACCUCCAGUCCAAAGGGCCCCGGAGGAAGAGGAACGGGUGAAUGAUGAGAACGAACCCACUCCCGAUAUCCCGCCCCGUCCACCUGCUCGCAUCGGUGUUACAGAUGAACCGCAUGAUGGCGCAGAGUACGACCAUGAUGUGCAGCCCGCCGCUGCCCCAGCAUCAGUACAGGCACCACCCGCCGCUGUGCAGACGCCGAUUUCCACUCCCCGGGAGUCCCAUGAUGGUCCGACCGCGGAAGAUGUGGCCUCUCAGCACCUUACGCCUGGUGGAAACGCUGCGGCUGGGAAGGCGAGUGAGAAGCUUAAAGCGCAGAAGUCUCCGAAGAUGGGAUUGAGGGGCAUGUUGAGUCAUUUGACAAAGUCGAGGCCGAAGAAGGCCAAGAGUAGUUCGAAGGAUGAUGGACAGGACGAUGCGGAUGCUGUGGAGGAACCCGAACCAGUAUCUCAGCACGUAGAAGAACGCGCGGAGCCCGUUGCGCCUGCACCCGUGGUGCCGCAACGUCCCCCAUCGCAGGUGAACCCGCAGCCCCGGCCGGAGGAGGUCGCCCACCCGGAAGAGUUCAAACACAGCAGGACCGGGUCCAUGGCCGAAUCCAACGCAUCCGGAUACGACUCGCAAGGUACCGAAGGCUCCGAGGCUCCAUCCAAGCCCCGCAGACCCCCUCAGAACGCCGCCAUGAGCGCGUUGGCGAACGUCAUGAGAGGCCCUGCCAAGGACGACGCUGCGUCAGAUGCAGACGAGACUGCGAGCAUACGCAGCCGACAGCGUCAGAGCGUGUAUUCAGAGCCCGAAGGGCCGAUAAGCGCUGAACACCCCCAACAACCCCCGCCGCGGCCCGCGCGUCCCAUGUCGACCAUCUACAAUAACGAACGCCGCAACACCGUGCAUGAGGAUGAAGGCACCUCGCCGUCUUCGGACGGCUCGGCGCCUCGUCGGCCACCGAAACCGGUGCAGUCUCCGGCCCACCGAAUGAGCGGAGUCUAUCCCACUCCCGUCCCCGCUCCGGCUCCGAGUCCCUCGGAAGGUGCAGGUUCUCCUCCCGUCCACUCACCCUCGGCGCCCGUGAUCCCACCCAAACCCCGCCGCAGCUCCCACAUUGACGACACGGCCUCCGAAUCCUCCCAACACAGCGCGGCGGCCUCGCACCCGGUCCCCAUCCCCACCCCUCGCCCCCGCCCAGUCCCAUCCGUCCGCCCCGCCUCGCAAAUCUCCACCUCCACCGCCGGCGGCAACGAGCGCCCACAAUCGCAGUAUAGCGAACGCCCCCAAUCCCACUACAGCGAACGCCCGCCUUCCCAUUACGGAUCCCCUUCGCACGCCGCCGCUCAGACUCCGAUCAACGAACGGCCGCAAUCAACAUACUCGGUCGACUCACCCUCCCCCCCCUCUCACGCCGGAGAACAAACCAUCCCGGAAGACUCUGCACCCGCUCCACCGGUGGAAUCACCCAAACCACGCCGCAUUCCGGGAAUGUUUGGAACUAACCAUGGAGCACUGGGAGCCCUUGCGGCGGCUGUGACGGGAAGGCAGGGGGGUGGGUUUGGGAGGAGUGCGAGUCAGGAUCAGAUUGGGGAUGAUGGCGGAGUUGUGGGCCAGCAUCCGCUUUCGAGAGGGCAUUCGAGAGAGGCGAGUGGGGGAGAGGAGGGGGGUGCUGAAGCAUUACAUGCGGAGGUUGAGGCACAGGAGGAAUUACCCGUCGGCUCACCGCCCAUGCGAAGAGCAACCGGUGCCCCGCUGCGGUCUAACCCUGAUUUGUUCAACGGUACAACCUUGAACCUGAAACGCAAAGAAGCAAGCACGAGCGGAGACGAUAGGGCCAUCGAGAAGGGCGGUCUAGACUGGCUCAACAAGCACCUCCACUCCCACAACAUCCAAGUCGACAACCUCUACACGUCUCUCGGCGACGGGUUGAACCUCAUUUACGCCCUCGAGGACGCGACGGGCGAAAGUGUCGGCAAGUACAAUAAGCGAGCGAUGCUCCCCGUGCUCAAGAUCGACAAUAUCGCGGUGGCGUUAAAUUUUGUGGCGAAGAAGGGGAUCGCGCCGGGGGGGUUUUGUACGCCGCAGGAUAUUAUGGACGGCGAUAAGGGCAAGAUCCUCACGUUGUUUAAUUACAUCUUGAAAGCGUUUCCGGCCUCGUAGUUAUCGUCUCAUAGAACCAAAUCCAAAUCUCAAGAUUAGCCCUGCCCAUAUCUCCAAGCCCAUCCCCCUUUCGCUUCUCUUCCCCUUCCCGUUUUCCUGCUGAUAUGAUAAAACAAUUUUCCAUUCCGCAUUCUUUUACGAUCACCCCCCCGCAUCGCAUCUCAUAUUUCCACCGUUACGCAUGCAUGUAUUAUCGACUUUUUACCCGCUUGUUUUUCUAUCCCUUUUUUCCCUGUCUGGCUGAUGUAUUGCAUGGCCGAAUAACACAUUUUUCAUUUUUGCCGCUUUGCUUUACUACGUACUGGCUGGGAGGCAUCUCAAU